AUGGCACCAGAGAAUGGUACAGGAAUUUCAGAAUUUCUUCUUCUGGGAUUUUCAGAAGAACAUGGAUGGCAACCCCUCCUCUUUGGGGUGUUCCUGUCCAUGCACCUGGUUACCGUGUUCGGGAACCUGCUCAUCAUCCUAGUCAUCAUGGUAUACUCCUACCUCCACACACCCAUGUAUUUCUUCCUCUCCAACCUGUCCUUUGUAGACAUCUGUUUCACCUCCACCACUGUCCCAAAGAUGCUGGUGAACAUCCAGACACAAAGAAAAGUCAUAUCCUAUGCAGGCUGCAUCACCCAGAUGUACUUUUUCAUACUCUUUGUGGGGUUGGACAGCUUCCUCCUGACCGUGAUGGCCUAUGACCGGUUUGUGGCCAUCUGUCACCCCCUGCACUACACAGUCAUCAUGAGCCCCAGGCUCUGUGGGCUUCUGGUUCUGGUGUCCUGGAUCAUGGGUGUCCUGCAUUCCUCAUUACAUAGCUUAAUGGUGUUGCGGCUAACCUUCUGUAUGGACUUGGAAAUCCCCCACUUUUUCUGUGAACUUAAUCAGAUAACACACCUUGCCUGUUCUGACACCUUUCUUAAUGACGUGGUGAUGUAUUUGGCAGCUAUGCUCCUGGGUGGGGGGUGUCUUAUUGGGAUCCUUUACUCUUACUCUAAGAUAAUUUCCUCCGUACGUGCAAUCUCCUCGGCUCAGGGGAAGUGUAAAGCAUUUUCCACCUGUGCAUCUCACCUCUUGGUUGUCUCCUUAUUUUACUGCACAAGCCUAGGGGUGUACCUCAGCUCUGCUGCUACACACAACUCACACUCUAGUGCAACAGCCUCGGUGAUGUACACGGUUGUCACUCCCAUGCUGAACCCCUUCAUCUACAGCCUGAGGAAUAAAGACAUAAAGAGGGCUCUGAAGGAUUCUUUGGGAGGGAAACUAGAACAGGUCCAAUUGUCCUGGGGCUGAAGGUAGACCCAUGAUGGCAGGGCCCAAAGCCCCAGAGCCAGAGAUGGCUAUUGUUUAAUCA